AGACGUUUUCAGAGCCUUUGUUUCUUUCAUAGCGACUUGGUUCUUAGUUGAGGGUAAUGGGGCGGGAGGCGCGGAGGGCCUUCCCGGCCUUGGACUUUUUCGUCGCCUUGGACUUUUUUGACGGCGAAGUGGACGGCGAAGUGGACGGCGAAGUGGAUCUCGAUUUUAUGACUGGAGGGGAUGUCGCUUCUUUGAUCAGAGAUGGCAAAAUGGAUGGCGAACUGGGUGGCGAAAUGGAUGUCAAAAUGGAUGGCGGCGAAGUGGAUGGCGAAAUGGAUGUCGAAAUGGAUGGCGAAAUGGAUGUCGAAAUGGAUGGCGAAGUGGAUGUCGAAAUGGAUGGCGAANUGGAUGUCGAAAUGGAUGGCGAAGUGGAUGUCGAAAUGGAUGGCGAAAUGGAUGGCGAAGUGGAUGUCGAAAUGGAUGGCGAAGUGGAUGGCGAAGUGAUGGUGUCGCACAUGGAACCAAUGCUGUGGAGCGUCAGGCACGAAGUGGACCGGAUCCAUUCGAUCUCCCCGCUGAUGCGGGCAUUAAAACCAUGCGUACAAUACGUUCCAUCGGAGGUCAGCCCGUGCUGUACGUCCACAAAAAAGCCGUCGCCCUGAUAGACUCGUUCUACAACUGGAGCUCCCGAGACACCGUUACAGGGCGGUAGGGUGAUUGUGGGGUAGUAUUCCAUGCAAAGUUGGGUGCGGCGGUCAAACCAUGAAUAAUCUCUCUUGCAGUCACCGUUGCUUCUUGUCGGAAUAGUGACGUUUCGCAGAACAUCUACCUUGUUGUUCGUCCAGCCCAUUCCGAUGGAAAUUGUUCUAGUUCCACCAACUGGAGCAGAAACAUUUUUGCUCAAUUCCAGCCUGACAAAUGAUUCGUCGAUGAAUACAGGUUUGUUGAGCUUGCACAAGGCAAAAUCGUAUUUAAGCCUCUGCAUAGAAUUGGGAUGCACGACGAAUUCCUUGCAAAAGCGUUUUUUGGCUCCAAACUCAUUGUCCCGACCCCGGCGGUAAGCGCCUACUACAACCCCCUCGUCAUUCACUGGUUUGCAAGUCGCUGAGGUUAGGACGAUGUCGGGCGCGAUGAGCGAGCCACCACAGCCUGAUUCGAAUUGUGCAAAAUAGGGAAACUGGCAGGGCUCCGCGUCGACUCCGUUGACGAUCCUUGAGGAAUCAAAAUCAACGAUUGGGGUAGCCACGGAAGAAGGCAAUGUGGUUGCCACGGCUGCGAGCGCGAAGAGGAAGAUGCGAGUUGUCAUUGUCAUCACGGGAGAAAUCGUUGCCACUGUUCAAUAGAAUGCUUGCCGUUAG